AUGAAAACUGAAACUUCAAUUAAUCAAAGAAAGCGUGUUCCCAGGACAACUACGAUUUCAAAGAAUCCUACUCCGAUCCAUCGAUGGGAUCUUCCUGGUCUUCCUAAUGCCACUGAACUCUGGAUCAAGGUCUCACACAUAUUCUCUUCUGAUUUCGCUGCUUACUGUUUCAACAAUUUUACCGGAAUGGAAUUGAGUGGAAACAAAGUACGAAAACUCGAAUUCCUAUUGGCUGAAGCCGUCGAUCAACAAGCCGACACUGUUAUCACCAUCAGCGGAGCAAUCACUGCCGUGCCACAGCCGUCGCAGCUAACUAUCUCAAUCUCAAUUCUCAUCUCAUUUUUCGCACCUCCAAGCUUCUUGCCGAGAAAGAUCCUGGGUUGGUUGGGAAUCUACUGGUUGAGCGUUUCGUUGGAGCUAAUGUUCAUCUCAUCUCUAAGGAAGAGUGUUUCGCCAUUGGGAGUGAGGAACUGGUCAAGGAAGGAAGAAAGCCUUAUGUUUAUUCUUGUUGGUGGAUCCAACUCUUUGGGAACUUGUGGUGGUACUAUUGCUGGUAUUUCGUUGGGGUCUUGGUUGGGAGCUCUAAAAGCCAAAGUUCAUGCUUUCUCGGUUUGCGAUGAUCCUGAUUACUUCUAUUACUUUGUCCAAGGCCUUCUAUAUGGACUUCAAGCUGGUGUUAACUCCCGUAAUAAUGUCAACAUCCACAAUGCCCCAACCGCCAUCAGUCAUGGCCCCAACACCCCCUCUCGACCCAUGGAUCCACACGUCCUGCCACAGAUGAAGAACCCUACGAGCAUGCCUGUGUAUUGGAUCAUCAAUCAGAUCUCGAAAUGGAUUAUGAUUAGGGUCAUGAAGGAUAUACAAAGCUCCAUGACAAAAGAACCUGCAGUAAAGUUAGUAGCAGGGUGGCGUAAAACGCAAAGCGCACAGAAAUUCUUGUAUUAG